CAAAAGUCGGCGGUCUAGGCAUCUUACAUGGUCGUGCUUAGAUUUUCCCUCUUCGACCUGGUCGACUACAUACUGUACAUCAAGUUUAAUUAACCCGCCAAAGCUACAUCUUCAUAUUCGUCACUACCUGCUCAAUCCCGUCAAAUGUUUUCGUACUGUCUCUUUGUUUCCAGCCAAACAACAAACAUCUUCUUCCCGUUCAAGGUUGUGAAAGUCACACUCUCUACCCGACCAUGGAGCGGUUGAAGAGACAACUCAAUGGGCCCUCGAGCCGUCGAAUCCCCCUGCGGGCCUUUAUAUCUUAUGCGAUCGAUUAUUUGAUCAUAAUCGUGCUCGCCAUAAUCUACGCCGUGUUGGACAAGCUGGUCACUCCUUUCGCACAACACUUUUCCCUCAACAACAUCUCCAUACAGUACCCCUACGCGGUCAAGGAGAGAGUGCCCAUAGCCUGGGCCCUGGUCAUUUCGGGUCUCUUCCCUGCCGUCGUCAUUGGCGUCUACACCCUCUUCAUCGACGGCUGGUUCUCUCAUCACCGACGCACCACCCACGCGCGGUCCAGAUAUAGCUUCGCAGACCGGCUCUGGGAGCUCAACUGUGGUUGGUUGGGCCUUCUCCUCGCUCAGGGUGCCGCCUUUGUCAUCACUGGCAGUCUGAAGAACCUCUGCGGGAAGCCUCGUCCGGAUCUCGUGGAUCGAUGCCAACCCCGAGCCGGCUCCGCCGAUGCAGUGCCGUACGGUCUCGUCACAAAGGUGAUCUGUACGCAGACCAACUCUGCCAUCAUGCAAGACGGCUUUCGGUCGUUCCCGUCGGGCCACUCGUCUUCGUCCUUCGGUGGUCUCUUUUACCUCUCCCUCUACCUCGCCGCCAAAUUACACGUCCUCGACCAAAAGGGCGAAGUGUGGCGGACGGUGAUCGUCCUGAUCCCCACGUUGGCCGCCUCGUGUGUGGCCAUGUCCCGCAUCAUGGACGCCCGUCACCACCCGUUCGACGUCCUCUUUGGCUCGGCCCUCGGUAUCCUGUGCGCCUGGGGUUCGUACCGUCAGUAUUUCCCCCCGGUGAGCCACACGUGGGAAAAGGGUCGAGCGUACCCGAUGAGGACCUGGGGCACACCCGUCAGACGACCGGUCCUAGGCAAGGUCCUGGUCGACGCCGACACGCUCGAGGUCCUCGACGACAGGGUCCCUCCGGGUAACGACGACUACGGCGACAACGGCGUCGAGACUUCGGCUCACGAACUCAAACCUCAGACCUUGGGAUCCCGUUUGGCAACGACGAGCUACCAGUCUGACGGCUACGGACCCUCGGACGUCGAGACGGGUUACACUGCCGGGCCUCGACCCGCCGCGUCGCCACACCCGCUCCCCCUCGGGUCCCCGAGCAGUAGUGCCAACGCUUUCCGCGAUCAGAUUGCUCAGAACCAGCGCGCGAGGGCGGGAUACUACGGAGACCCUAGUCCGGAGCGCGAUGUAGGAGGAGGAGUGGCAGGAGGUUCGGACGACGAAGACGACCUCGCGUCGAGGAGAUUUUUACAGGGCCCUCCUUUACGGUCAUGAUAUUUCCUUGUUCAAGAGCUACCCCUACCUGGAGCUGGAUAUUUUUUUCUCUCUCUUCUCGAUUGUUUUGCAUACGCACGGGAUAGCACGCGGUACAAUUGCAUUCUCUGGUUCUUAAAAUUACAGGCAGGCAGGCAGGCAGGCAGGCAUGGAGUCUGGGGGAUGCAUUUCGAACAGGCUAGAAAAAGAGCAAUGACUGGAGAUCAUUUGUCCCAUACCGAGGAAGAAUAUGAUGAUCG